GUGGGGACUGACACUAGACGCUCGGUAAGGCUUCCAACAUCCGGAGUAAUACAAGUCUCCAGCCUCAUGGUGUUGCAGCACCCGUCGCAUACUGUUGACCCCUUUGCGCCCGUGAGCUGCUGUAACUCUUCAGCCUUUCUCUCCCCCCCUUUUCCAGUCCACUCUUCAGCCCGAGGCACCCUCAACACCGACAGAUCUUUUCCCUCACUCUUCCCCGAGAACCACGGGGCCGUCUGUCGCCGCAGCCAUGGCCGAACCAAUCCCAAGUAGCCUGCGACAGGCCGAUAUCACGAGAUUUAUCAAUCGCGCGAAUCAACUACGCCAACAUAUGCCUGUCAUUACGUACUGGUGCGAGUACUGGGUCGUCAACCAGAUCCUGGCCAAAGGACUGCACAAUGCCGAUGACGAGAGCCUUUCGUACACAACCAACCUCAUGGACCGACUCGAACAGACCAAAACCGAGAACGCUCAGGAAGAGGCCAUCGUUGACGAUGCGGUCGGUCAGGCAUACGUCGAGCAAUUCGCGCAGGAUUCCUUUGAGAGGGCAGAGAAGGUUCUCAGAGCAAAUCGAGUGACAAGGCAAACCGCCGACACGUACGAUGCCGCUGCGACCUUUCUUUUGCUGGGCAACAUCUGGGGCGCUAUAGACGAGGAGACACAGAAAAAGGUUAAGUAUGCGAAAUGGAACGCUGCUCGCAUACUCAAGGCCAUCAAGGAAGGCAAAGACCCUAACGAGUCGAACCCCAAGCACGAAGAGCCUGAGAAAGAUCUUCCUGCUUUGGAUCCCAACGACCCCGACGUCCGCGGUCUCACCUCCCCUCCUCCGAAGCCCGCCUCUGUCGAGGAUGACCCAGAGACCGAGUUCUACAAAAAGGCAUCUACGCCGGCCGAGUCAGCACCGACCGUUGCGCCAAGCGAGCCCGUCCCGACCCAGUCCAGCGUUCUAGAUCUGCCCUCGGUCCCGACAGCAACCGAUCUCAACUCAAUCCUUCCUGCGCCCCAGAACCAGGGCUAUUUCGACCCCCCCGAACAGUUCCCGCCAUCGCCCCUUAGCCAAACGGGCGCAAACGACAUGGCUGCUACAGUAAAUGCCCCUUCAGCACCGUCUCCCUAUGCCGCAUCUUCGACGGGGCCGUCUUUCAGUCCGGCAAAUGCUGCGUCACCUUGGCAACCGCCCCAAACAACCCCUUCGAAUGUCACCAAAUCACCUCCGCCGCCGGCACCCCAGCAGUUCAAACCCCCACCGAUUGCGCACCAGCCCAAAGCUCCUUUGGUUCCCGUCUCUAACAACUCAUGGACUCCGAGUAGUGCGCCGUCGGACGAGAUGGACCUGCCCAAGGCGCAGAAGCAUGCGAAGUGGGCGAUUUCCGCCCUAAACUUUGAGGAUGUACCGACUGCAGUGAAAGAGCUUCGUAAUGCGCUUGCGGCUUUGGGGGCGCAGUAACAGGACGAGCAAUUUUGCCCAUCGACGAUUUUAGACGUUCGGAAGAUGACGAUACCGGAAUGAGACGAAUGUUCAUUGGGUUCUGAAAGUCCAUGUCUGACUAAUGUGCUCAAUGAUGAUACUUUUUUUUUCCACAUCUUUUAGUGACACUGGGUUCCUCUCACUUUCUCUCCCCCCCGUUUCCCCAAUUGACUCUUAGGCCACCCCACCGUUGACACGGAUGGUUUGACCCGUAACCCAGGAGGAUUCUUUGCUUGCCAGAAACAGAGCAACCGACGCAACCUCCUCAGGUGUGCCGAUCCGGUUGAAUGGGCUGCUCGCGCCGGCGCGCUUGAUCAUCUCUUCCGUCUUGCCCUUGUAGAAGAGCUCUGUACCGGUUGGGCCUGGGGCUAUGGCGUUGACCGUAAUGCCUUUGCUGGCGAGAUCCUUGGCCAUGAACUUGGUCAUCUGCUCAAUGCUGCCCUUGGUCGAAGCGUAGAGCAGGUAUGGCGGGGGAAGGUUACUCGAGGCGAGCACUGUCGUGGACAGGAAAAUGACUCGGCCGCCCUCGGGCAUGUGAGGUAGUGCUUUCUGUACCAAAAAGUAGGGCCCCUUGACGUUGGUGUUGAACAUGACGUCAAAGUCUUCCUCCGACGUGUUCUCGACGGUGCGCAUGUACAUCACGGCGGCGUUGGGGAUGAGGAUAUCGAUUCUGCCGAACUUGUCAAUGGUGGCGUCGACGAGGGUCUGCAGUUCGGUCGUCUUGGAGUUGUCGGCGCGCACGGCGAAGGCGCGCUCGCUACCGAUGGUCCUGACGACCUCGUCGGCGGCAGAGGAGUCACUACUGUAGUUGACGACGACCUUUGCUCCCUGGGCUGCGGCGCCGAUGACUAUGGCCCGGCCGAUGCCCUUGGAACCGCCCGUGACGACGACGACCUUGUCUUGGAGGGACAUAAUUGUUUGGGUUGGGGGGGGGGGGGGGGGGGGGG